AUGAUCAAGUCAUUCUUCCGCUUGCUUUUAGCAUGCCUUUUUGCUCAGAUUUCACUAGCUAAGGAUCUAGGAAACAUUUUCACCGCUAUCAAUUCCAUGGAACAAACGACCAACGUCGAUGAUAAAGCUGCUCAUGGUCCUUUUGCUUUUUUCAAAACCAAUUUGACCUUUUCUAUUGAUGUCAUUAAGACUGGUGCAGCUGCUGGUGACACCUUCCCCCUGAACAUGCCAAGAGUCUUCGAAAUACGUAUCCUCGAUGAAGGAGUGAGACAAUAUUUUGAUAUCAAAUUCCAAAACACUAUUUUCGCUUCUUGUAAUAUUAAAUCUGCUGCUGGUAAAGCAGAUGCUACUACUGUUCUUUGUACAAUCACUGCAGAUAUUUCCGCUUACAAAACUAUUUCAGGUGAUAUUAAAGUCGUCCUUGUCUUGGAUGGUGGUGCAAGAAGAGACGCCUUAGCGAUAGCUAAAACUUGGAGUCUCGGUGAAAAUACUGUCACCUUCAAUAAUGCAGUCAGCGGUGAGGUGAAAUUAAUUACUCAAGAUAUUACCCCUCCCUAA